AUGAACAGAGCCAAGUUGCUUCUAAAGUAUGGUGCCGAUAUCAACCAACACUACAACCACGACUCGAUGCUGCGGCAUAUUAUACUGGACUUCUUUGGCCGUCCCGCCUUCGGAAAAAAGCUGGACAGCCAGAACGUGUGCAGCGCUGUCCAGUUUCUGCUGUCUAAUGGAGCCUUGGUCACUAACACCUCUGGGGCAUCGUCCAAAACAUAUCAGCCACACAUUACUGUGGAUGUCAUGCAGAACCCAGCGCUACUCAACAGCUCCCACUGCCGCAAAAUGUUGAGAAUUAUAUUUGAAAAGGGCGCUGAAGUCAAUCCUCAAAAGUAUGGAGGCCCGUCCUUGUUGGUCCUCGCCACAGGUCCACGUGGUGGACGUCACUUGCGUUGCGGGGGCUCGUCUCAAUCCCGCCUCGUCACUUGCCUUAUGGACCAUGGGGUUGAUGUGAAUGCCAAGUAUUCUCGUGGUGUUCCAGUCCUAAGAAGAGUCCUGGAGCUUCCCGAAAUACCGAUGCAACUGCUUAAGAGCGUGCUCUUCCACCCGCGAGCCUUGGAGAUUGACUUGAAAUUCUGCAAGCGAGGAUGCCUUCCUCUGCUCCAGACCUUGAUGGGUCGGAAAGCGUUAUGGUGGUGUGGGUUUCGUGGCGCUACGCACCGGGAGCACCCACCGCCGGAAAGGGGGAGUGCAAAGGUCAAUCUUGCAGCCGUGGUUGGCCGAUUGCUACGUCUGGGCGUACAGUUGGUUGAGGGCAAUAGGCUCCAUGAAGCGUGUAGGGAAGGAAAUAUCCAGAGGAUUGAGGAAUUGCUGGGGUAA